AUGAACGGCAAGAUGCAUGACACAGCAUCCGAACAAGUACACAGUCCAGCCCCCCCAAUCGGCCAGGAACCGGCCCACGUUGUGAUCGAAGCUGAACCGCAUGAACAAACAAUCCUUCACGAGCAUCCCUUCGAAGCGUCACUGGCCACUCUGCCCGACAACAUCUCCCGCCGCGUCCUUCUCCACUAUGUCCCCAAGACCUGUCCCACCGCCCAGGUCCUAAAAGCCGUCCGCAGCAAUGUCGGCCUCGUGGACGUCUUCCGCUGCCCCCAACUUCUAGGCGAGCCUGACGACGCCCACUUCGAUACCGUCGCCAUCAACUUCUACGACCCCGGCGACGCGCGCCUCUACGUGGCACACUGCCGACAAUACCCCGUCUACCUCGAAGGCGCCGACCAGGUUGCCUAUCAACUGCAUGUACAGGAUCUGCCCCGUGGUCCCCGAGAGAAACUCCCCGAGACUGUCGAGCACAGGGAGGCGUCGGGAUUCCCUCAAGGGGCUGUUGGCUUCAUUCUCACGGCUCUAGGUCACGACUCUCUCAUCGAGGUCCACUACGACGCCACGAGACAGCUGCUCCGCAUCGAGUUUCGUACUGUUGCUGACGCCUACCACGCUGCCCAUGCUAUCUAUGCCGGACGCUUCCCGUAUUUCAAACCGGCACGCGAUGAAACUCACCAUCUCGCCCUCACAGAAGACGAGGACGACAAUGAUACAGCGUCUGGGCCGUCUCUCUAUAGCGUCCUGGACAUGACGCGCGGUUCCCCUUUGCCAUUGCGCGAUAUCGGUGUCGUUGCCCACGUGCCAAGGGACCAUCUGCGCCAGCACUUCGCGGCCACCGUCUACAUGACCGACUGGCCCGAGAGCAGACACUGGAACCCAGACGCCGUUGAAUACGGCGAGCUAGCCCCUUUUCAUCGUCCCCUACCCGGACGCACCACGCGUACCCGCCGCGCCAUGAUACAAGACGCAGGCUUCUUCCAUCGCAAGGCAUGGACAUGGCAGGUGCCAGAGGAUAGAAGAGCUGAAUACGAUGCUCUCCAGAAGACAAUGUUCGAUCGAGAGUGGACCGCUGCCUGGGAGGGUUUCUUUACGGACCACGCUGCUCUGACGAAUAACCUGAUCCAUCAUACGUGGUACGGUACGCUGGCGGCGCAUCGUCGUAAGAUGACGGGGAGUAAUGCGAUGACCUGCAAGGGUGGCUGUGGGAGCCAGGUGUGCAACCAGUUCUUGAUGGCUGCUGAGCAGAUGGCCGUUCAUCGACGCACUCGUCGCAUUCCGCAGGAGGUCCUGGAUCGGCUGCCGGACUGUCAUGUUGACGUCUGAGGUCUGGUGAUGCAUUUUUCGUUGUGGGACUUUGGCGUUGAAAGGUAAUCGGAGAGCAAAGGAAUCAAAAGGCGACAGCGUUGAUCUACAUGAUCUGGAUAGGAGAGGCAAUAUCUCGUAGUUA